ACUUUUCCAGACUCUUCAGCUCUGUCCUCUCAAUUGUCAAAAGACCGUCCAAAUACAGGCAAGUCUUCACGAGGCACCAAAGAACUCAAGUACCGGUCUUCUUGUGAUGCGUGCCAAGAAGGGAAGAUACGCUGCGGCCAGCAAAAGCCUUCUUGUUCACGAUGCGAGACACGUGGUCAGGAGUGCGUUUAUAGCCUUUCCAGACGAAUGGGUAGGAGGAGAAAUUCACAACCGGUUAAGUCUCUUACUGGAGACAAUAUCCCACGGUCCAGUGCGUUACAGAUCGAUAGGCCUAAAGACAAUGGAUCGAGCUCAGAAACAUCUCGAUCGAAUACAAUGCCAGAUGUAACAAGCCCGCAUUUUCAGACUCAGCAUGCUGAUAUCAUGCAACUGGAGUUUGAUUGUAACGAGUUGAAUGACUUUUUCUACACGUACCCUUCCAUCGAGACCUCGUCAUGUCAAUCGCCGUCCUCCCUAAAUGGAAAUUCGAAUAACGAGGAUCCGUGGGCCCAUCUCGACAUCGAUUUCACAAACGCCAGUCUAAUUAGUCAAAGUUUGCAAACGCAGCAACAAGAGCUAGAUCAGUUGAUGACGGACUGCAGUUCUGGCUUGGUGCCUCUCGAGACAGAUCAUCAAGACACGGACGGAGAACUGAGUAAUUGCGGCGCAGACCAGUUUGAACACGGCAAAACCCCCUCGAGCACCAAUCUAUCCAUCAAGGGAGACGCCACAAAUACUCAUUCCAGCCAUGGCUCCUCCACAAGCUUGUACAAAUCAGAAAUCAAGACUCGCAACCUCCAACAUCUAUCUUCAGCAGUUGUUCCAUUUACUUCUGGUCAUCAACGAGGCUCUUCUAACCACCAAGACUGUACAUGCUACAACUCGGUACUCAGAAACCUUGCCAGCUCCAAUCAAGACAAUCGAGGAUCGGCUUUCUUGGCUGCGGAUAUCGUUCUCAAAAUUGAACACGAGACACAGUCUAUCCUGACAGAGCUUAUGAAAUGCCGAAGUUGUUCUCAGGAUGGAUCAGCACUGCUGCUGUCCUUCAUCAAUGUCAGUAAGACGCUUGAUCUUCUGGAAAGUACAGCGUCUCUGGAGAUGAAGCCGCAAAGGAGAGCUUCUGUCAGCUCGAGCCGUGCAGCGGCACAAAUUCGGACGAGUCAAGCAAUCGAUGCGCGGAAUGUGGCAUCUGCCAAACGAUGUAGCCUUCAGGUUGGAAGUUUCGAGGUUAUGGAUGGAGGGAGGUCACGGUUUCUGAGAAAGAUCUUUCAAUCUCGAUUGAAGCAGCUUCAAAUGAGACUGCGGAGCCUACACCUUGGUUUGGGAAAUCCUCCACAGGACUGUAUCACUAGGGCUGGGUUGGUUAUGGUCACCGGCAUUUUGAGACGACUGCAGACUUUUACGGGGAGAUUAGAGCUAUGGGACGAGCAAAGCUGAAUCGGCUGAUUGAAAUUUCAUGUUCAUAGAAAGAAGCAUACAACCAAACCUGCAUAGAAUGACUGCGCUUGAGAUAGAUAGAACCUUUGGAAUCAUUGUUUGGUAAUUCAAUAUAUGCAGCCACAAACACAUAGAGAAGAGCGUAGCAUUCCGUUUGCGGUAUUCCGUGCUAUAACGCUUAAAAUAUGUUACAUUAAAGGGUAAAAGAUUUCAAUACCACGAAUUUUAGCAAAAAAAUUCGAAAU